AUGCGAAGCUUAGCAUUGUUCUUGCUUCCGUGUGUUGUCGCGGUCGUAGUGCAUUUUUGGUUAAUCACGGACAAAACUGCUUUCUUGUUGGAUUUCAAGGCUGCAGACAAGCAGCACUCUGUAAGUGAGGUGCUGGUUGGAGUCUUGUCUGCCAGACACCAUCAUGAACUUCGACAAGCAAUAAGGGACACAUGGUUGGGAUACCUCAAAGAACACCCUCAAUUCCAAAACCGGGUGGUGGUGAAAUUUAUCAUCGGCAAGCAUGGCUGCACAGUGCCGGAGUGGGACAGAGAGGAUCCCUACUCAUGCAGCCUCCUCAACAUUUCUGAACCAGUGGCAGGCCAGGAGAUGGCCAUACUGAAUGUCCCAGAUCCCUCAGUCCUGGUCCCCUCAGAGGUAUCGGCUGUUAGUCUGGACUUUAAAGUCCUCCACCCGGUCGUCAUCACACGGCUCGGUGUUUUUCCCAGCGGCCAACGGCAGGAUUUCCGUGGCAACGUGACAGCAAAGCUCUUUCAGGUGGAUCAGGAGGAAGCCGUGGUGACUGCACGGUUCAGCACUCUCAGUCCUGGAACCAGUGUUCAGGGGUUGUGGUACAAACCAGUGGAACAGUUCAUUUUACCCAAGGGAUUUGAGGGAACAUUGCUGUGGGAGAGUCAGGACUUGGCAGGCCUGACCACGGUCAAUGUGUCCAGAGUUCAGCUGGAUGAUGGAGGAGGGGUACUCAAGCUUGGCUCCGUUGAAGAAGGCACGUUACCUCACAGAAGUGCUCUCGGCUUUCCAGGACUAGCUGGAGGAUUCACUUUCACAGUCUAUGAUGUGGAUGCUCUGGGGGAGAUGUUACGUGGACGUGCAGGCAGACUGGAACGUCACUUGUCAAAGCUGAAAGAAGAGGACUCUGCCCUGCAGGAGGAAAGCCUCAGACAUGGGGACAUGGUGUUUGUAGAUGUGGUAGACACAUACAGGAAUGUGCCUUCCAAACUGUUACAGUUCUAUAAGUGGUCAGUGGGAAAUGCUGACUUCAAUCUGCUGCUGAAGACAGAUGAUGAUUGUUAUAUCGAUGUGGAUGCUGUAUUAAUGAAGAUAGACCACAGGAGUCUGACACGGAACAGUCUCUGGUGGGGAAAUUUCCGUCAGAAUUGGGCCGUGGACCGUAUUGGAAAGUGGCAGGAACUGGAAUAUGCCAGCCCGGCAUACCCGGCCUUCGCCUGUGGCUCUGGCUACGUGGUCUCUAGGGAUCUUGUGGAAUGGUUAGCCAGCAAUGCGGACAAGCUCAAGGCUUACCAGGGUGAAGAUGUGAGCAUGGGUAUUUGGAUGGCAGCUGUGGGACCCCGUAAAUAUCAGGACCCGGGCUGGCUGUGUGAGAAAGAAUGUUACGUGGACAUGCUGUCGUCUCCCCAGCACACUGCAGAAGAGCUGCGCUCCCUCUGGGACAGGAAGAGGGUUUGUGGGGACCCCUGUGGAUGUCCCUGGGGACACCAUUGAGGUCCUGGGGGCUGCAGAGAUUGGGAACGUGCCAUAUGGCUCUCAUGACAGACACUGUGGGACGUUAGCCAAGAUUACACAGAUUAUAUGGUACUGUAUAAAGUCAGCGCUAAAAACAGGGGUGAAGAUGUAUAUAGAGCAUCUGUAAAAGAAUUGAGAAAAGCUCAGAGAAUGUUUUAAUACUGAUGUCAGUCUGCUAGACUGCGUUAGAGUCGGUGCUCAAGUCUGAAGUCGAGAUAUCGAGUGAAACAUUCACACAUUUGCACAAAACGAACACAUUUCAAUGUGAAACACUGACUGUGUUUUUUGACUUGUCUUUUUAGCUAUUCUAUUCCUGUGCCAUCUCCCUGCACUACAGCUUUCUUUACCUAUCCCAUUGGUUUCCAGCAAAUAACAGGGUUUGUAAAGUGAUAGAACAACUUUCCUAUAGUUCCUUAAGUGAUGUUGCCUUUUGUGUUUUGUCGAAUGCUAACUUUACACGGCCGAGAGCUAAAAUCCUGCAUCUUUAGCUUU